AUGACCUUAACCCUAAUUCUAUACACUUCAAUCUUAGGGUUCCUCCUAUACUCUUUACUUAACCGCCUUCUCCUCAGCCGUUAUCCAAAACCGCUGCCGCCGGGCCCAAAACCAUGGCCGAUAAUCGGAAACCUCCCCAACAUCGGGCAGAAACCUCACCAAUCCAUCGCCGCCAUGGCCCGCGUUUACGGCCCCCUCAUGCAUCUUAAAAUGGGGUUCGUCCAUGUGGUUGUCGCCGCCUCAGCGGAGGUGGCGGAGCAGUUUCUUAAGGUCCACGACGCCAAUUUUUCCAACCGGCCACCUAACUCCGGCGCCAAAUACCUUGCUUAUAACUAUCAAGAUCUGGUCUUUGCACCCUAUGGUCCACGGUGGCGCAUGCUGCGUAAAAUUUGCGCAGUUCAUCUUUUCUCCACCAAGGCUCUAGAUGACUUCCGCCAUGUUCGACAGGUAAGGUAG